GGCGCAGGCGCGGCUUUUAAGACAUGGCGGAGAAGCAGAGGCAGGAUGAGGACGCAAGUCUCAACCCGUCGGUGCUGUUUCUACACCCGGACCUGGGCGUGGGCGGCGCCGAGCGCCUGGUGCUGGACGCGGCGCUGGCACUGCAGGCUCGAGGAUGUCGCGUGAAGAUCUGGACGGCGCACUACGACCCGGGCCACUGCUUCGCGGAGAGCCGGGAGCUGCCGGUGCGCUGCGCCGGGGACUGGCUGCCACGCAGCCUGGGCUGGGGCGGCCGCGGCGCGGCGGUCUGCGCCUACGUGCGCAUGAUCUUCCUGGCCCUCUAUGUGCUGUUCCUCGGCGACGAGGAGUUCGACGUGGUCGUGUGUGACCAGGUGUCUGCCUGUAUCCCAGUGUUCAAGCUGGCCAGACGGCGCAAGAAGAUCCUGUUUUAUUGCCACUUCCCAGAUCUGCUUCUCACUAAGAGAGAGUCUUUUCUUAAGCGCCUAUACAGGGCCCCAAUUGACUGGGUUGAGGAGUACACCACAGGCAUGGCAGACUGCAUCUUGGUCAACAGCCAGUUCACAGCUGCCAUUUUUAAGAAAACAUUCAAGUCUCUAUCUCACAUAGACCCUGAUGUCCUCUACCCAUCUCUGAAUGUUACCAGCUUUGACUCCACUGUUCCCGAGAAGCUUGAUGACCUCAUCCCCAAAGGAAAAAAAUUCCUAUUCCUCUCCAUUAACAGAUAUGAACGGAAGAAAAAUCUGGCUUUGGCACUAGAAGCCCUAGUAAACCUGCGUGGAAGGUUGACGUCCCAAGACUGGGACAAAGUUCACCUGAUUAUGGCAGGUGGUUAUGACGAGAGGGUCCUGGAGAAUGUGGAACACUAUCAGGAAUUGAAGAGGAUGGUCCAGCAGUCUGACCUUGGCCAGUAUGUGACCUUCCUGCGGUCUUUCUCUGACAAACAGAAAAUCUCACUCCUCCACGGCUGCACGUGUGUGCUUUACACACCAAGCAAUGAACACUUUGGCAUUGUCCCUCUGGAGGCCAUGUACAUGAAGUGCCCGGUCAUUGCUGUUAAUUCGGGUGGACCCUUGGAGUCCAUCGUCCACAGUGUCACAGGGUUUCUGUGUGAGCCUGACCCAGUGCAUUUCUCAGAAGCAAUAGAAAAGUUCAUUCAUGAACCUUCGCUAAAAACCACAAUGGGACUGGCUGGAAGGGCCAGGGUGCAGGAAAAGUUUUCCUCUGAAGCAUUUACAGAACAGCUCUACCAAUAUGUCACCAAGUUGCUAGUAUAACCAGAUGGUUUUUUAAGGUGUUUAUGCUACAUUCAUUUCAUUUUUACAAAUUGUAGGCCCGGUUUUAAACCAUUAAUGAACACUAGAAUAUAAUGCCGAAAAGAUUUAAAAAUAAACAUAUACUUGAAUCUGAGCCACCUUCCUAUCCCCAAUACCUCCUCAUCUGCUUUGUCAGAACAAUAAUCUUUUAUGCUGUAAUUAUUCCAAAUCUUACCAAUGUUGAUUAAGAUAUAAGUAGGGUGCAAGUCCAUGUUUGGAAUAUUUUAAUUAUAUUUUCUCUAGGUUUUGUUGCUUUGCCUAUAAAUUUGAAGUCAUAUUGUGUCCUAAUUGAUUUUGAUAAUUUUGUGCAUCAUCAUGAACAUUGAUUAAUUUGGCUUCAUAGCCUAAUGGAACAGCAUCACUGUGGUUCCAGAAUCAUUCCACCUCAGUAUCUACUGCUGGGAAAAGUUCUGUUAGUCACACCUUUACCUGGGUCCACAGCAAGAACUCUGCAUUUUUUUUUUUUUUAACAAAGAUGAUUUAUAUAUUUUUGUACACUGAAAUAUGUUUAUCAUAGGGAGGGUCAACAGAAUACCAGAUUUUGAUCUCCACAGUCUAUUUUGCCACUUAGUGACAGCCAAGCCCAAAGUCAGAAACUAGACUGAACUGGAUGUUGCCACGAAGAGGGAAUACUGUCAAAUGGUGUGCAGCUUGCUUCAGGUUAUUAAUGUCAUCUGAGUCACCGCUUUGGUGAUAUUUGUGUUAUAUUAAAUCAGGUCCCCCUAAGGGUAAAACACAUUCCUCUAUCCUUCAAGCCCUGCCUCAGAUGCCAUGACAGAAGCUUUCCUUAACCCUCCACCCACCUUCCAGAUGGAAGUGAUCUUCCCCCUCUCCGCACUCUAACCCUCCCACAGCACUGACCCGUAUCAGUGCAGUAUUUACCUGUUGGUCUAAGUACAAAUAAACAAGAGGUACUUUCAACAUGCCUUCAAAGCGAAAUUCAUUUUUAAAAAAUAGCCGGUCUCCACGUUAAUCAGCUCUAAGAGCACAGGCCUGACUGCCUGUGUGACCUUGGACCAGUUCUCUCUUGUGCCUCAGUUUCUUCAUCCAUAAAGUGAAUAACUACUAUUCUACCUCCCUCACAGAGUGAUUAUGAUGAGUACCAUAACAUAAAGUCCCUCAAACAGUACUUGGCACAUACCUGGGCUGUAUAAAAGCUACUUUGCAAUUUGGGAAUAUUGAAAAUGACUGGAAGGUCAUGCUGCGCUGUAUCACUCUUUUGGGGUGCUUUAGAGGACACAGUGUCAGGUUGUGAUUAUCAGUCUGUAUCACGAGUAUUUUCAUGAAAUGACUACCAAAAAAGGGUUCUUUAAAGUGAGAUUGUCAAAUAUGUUGAGUCUUAUGGAAUGAAAGGUCGAGUUCCAUUUGCUUUGUCAUUGUGAAAGCUUACUAGCCAGGGAGGGCGAUCAUCCCCAUUUUGACUUGGUGCAUCUGUUUCUCAGGGAACUGCAGUCUUUCAGAAAGGCCUAGUGACUGGCCAUGGGGUACAGGACUGCAGACUCAGUCAUGCUUAUAAAUUCAGAGCAUUAAAACUUGUGCCUACUUGGUAAUUUUUAUGCAGAUCCUUCCAAAAUGAGAAUAUUGCGCCUUAAAUUUAUCUUUCCUUCAUUGUCUUCAGCCCCAACAGAUGACAGUGACACCAUAGUUCUGGGAGGAGUGCAGAACCCUGGCUGCUGUGAGCACUCGGCUUCUAAAGAGUUAACUCUGGCUCCUCAGUUCAGGAUGGAGCUUUGCCCAUAGGUGUUCACAAGCUCCUAAGACUAUGCUGACAUUAGGGACAACAGUAGCAUGCUCAGCCUCUGCUGACUUGUAUCCCCUGAGAAGUGGCUAGAAUUCUAGCCCACAGUCAAGGGAACCUGAGGAGUCUUUGGGCCAAGAUCACCUUAAAGGUUAGGUCUAGUUUUGUUAGGCUUUGGGAAUUACUGUAGAUGGCUUGUGAUACCCUGGAACAGGAAACAACAGUGGAGGAAUCCCCUGGAUAAAACUUUGUCCAUAGGAGGUGUUCACAGUUUCCAAAACUAAGUGAAGUUGAAGAAAAUAGAAGCAUGAAACUCUUAAGUGAGAAUUGUCCAGGACCUCAUCAGUUGUGAUUCUAGCACUUACUGUGUGCUGACAUGAUGCAUAGCAAUAACUCAUUUAGAACUGACCCUGCUGAGGGGUACAUAGUUAAUUCCUCACCUUACAGGUGAGUGUGGCUAAGCAACUUGCCCAUGUGGCACAGCCCAGAGAGAUGUGAAAGGUCUCAAGUCUCUGACUUCCAAGUCCAACCACUCUUCGGUACACCAUAGCCCUCACCAAACACCAGCACUGCACAGCCUGCACGGUGACACUCCCUCCACUGCACCAAAGCUGCCCUGCACACGUCCUCAGACUUAGAAAGGCUUUACUGGUUUCCCUUGUCAUCCUCAGAGCAAUCUCUUGAGGUGGAUAUGAUUAUCCCCUGUCUUAUACACAGGAGGAAGCUCUGCAAGGUAAAAGGCACCCAAGGGCACACAACUGCACGACUGAAAAGAGCUCAACCCCAGGUAACCUGAUCCAGCCAGAGCUCUGCACUGAACAGCGUCUUUCAGUCUGCUCCCCUUUGAUAAUUGUAAAUAUAGCAUGUCCUCCAACACUCUAGGAAAUUUGAAAUAAAUACAGCAGUCUGAGUCAGCAAGUGUGAGCGAGGUGCUAU